AUGGAUAAUACAGAUGUAAUUGAAUUGUCAAGUGAUUCAAACGAUUCCGUACCGUUUGUUAAUACGAAUUCAAUCAAGCCUCCUGCACUCGAUAUAUUAGAUGAUGACUAUAAUUUCCCCGAAGUACCAUUCGCCAGUGAACCUACAGCAGCGAAAAAAAACACAAAUUCAGAUUUAGGCGCUGUUUUUAAAUCCAACAGCGACAUAGAAACAGAGCUAUUCAAAAAGUAUGUCAGUGAAAAAUCAACGAGCAAGGGAACCAAAGCGAGGGAAAGAAAAAAUGUGUCAAGCAAAAAUGACAAAGAGCUUCUUAGGAUGGAAAAAUGUAGGAAAGCAGAAGAAGCCGCGAAAAUUAAGGCCGAAAAAGCAGCAGCAGCUGCACGUUUGAAAAGCAUGCAGCCUGGAGAGUGCAUGAAUUACAUGCAAGUUAUAUUAGACUUGGGUUUCACGAAUUUUAAUUUCUUUGACAGUCUGAUCACUGAACUCCAGCAAUAUGAGCUCGUUUAUAAGUUAAAAUCACAGAUAAUUUCUAAUAGUGUAACAUGGACGAGGAGUGAGCAGAAAAACAGUAACUCUGAACACAUUACUGGAGAAAACAAGUCGGUUGAAGAAAACCAUAUCAUUGUUGUUUGGGACUACACAGAGACAAUUAAAAAAAUUGCCAGUGAUAUGUUUUUGACAUCGAUAGUUAGUAUCCAAACAUCAAAGCCUGGGAAAUCGAUAACACUGAUAAUAUACGGAAUGGAAAACUAUUUCAGGCAUCAUAGGAAUCUCAAGAAAAUGCAAGUUAAAAAUCAAUGUCUAGGGAGAGUUGGGGACGGGAAAAAGCGCAGAGGUAGCAAAGCUUUUGAAGAUUUGCCAGUGAUUUCUAGGAAACAAUUGGAACUAUGCCUGACUGAGAUUCAACUCACACUAAAUUGUAACAGUCAAUUAAUCGAAACGCCACAUGGUCUAGGUCAGGUCAUUGGCCAGUACACAAAAGCCAUUGCUGAAGCACCGUUCAAAAUUCAUAAAAAACAAAUGCUACAGUCUCAGCUAGACUGGUAUGUCGCCGGCGACAAUAAAGACACAGUUAAAGUCGACAAGGAUGGAAACGGACUGAAAAGGCUAUGGCAACAACAACUAUGUCAGUUUAAUUUGGCUAGAUUGGAAACAGCAGAGGCAAUCAUUUCAAAAUAUCCAACUCCCUCACAUCUUAUGGAUGCUUAUACUCGCUGCACACCUUCGGAAGGUAUGAAACUGCUUCAAGAUAUUCCUAUCAGAAGAACUGCAGGGCCUAUCACAAAUGUCCGAAGGAUAGGACCUGAACUGAGCAAGAAAUUGUACCUCAUGUUUACAUCGGAGGAUGGAGAUAUUUUUCUGGGCAAUGACUAAGUAGACCUGCAGCGACAAACAGUUUUUUGUUUCGGGAGACACUAGUGCCUUGUAAAUAUCGUACCUACUUUCCUGGUUUAAGACAGAGUUCUAUAUACAAAGCAUAUGG